AUGGGGGGUGUCAUCGGUAAAGCUGCAAACGGCAUUGGAGGUGUUCUUGGAAAUGCUUUCGUAGCUCCACUUAAGACCAUCUUUGGUGCAUCAUGCGAGGGUGUUUGUUCAGGACCAUGGGAUGUGGUAUAUUUCAUUGAGCAUUUAUGUGUCUCCAAUCUGGUGAAGCUGUUAAUGAUCUUGGUCCUUUGCUACAUAAUGUUAUUGUUCUGCUACUUAUUGUUCAAGGUGGGCAUUUAUCAAUGCAUUGGAAGAAGCCUUUGUAAGAUGUGUUGGGCAGCUUGCGAGACAUAUUGGUUUGCUUUAGAAGACAUUACAUGUUUCUUGUGGCACAGAUUAAAGAACACCAAGAGGAUAAACCGUCGGCGCAGGCACCGUUUUCAAGAUAUUGAACUAGUAGGGUACAGUUCAAGUGAUGAAAGUGAUUUGUCAGAUAAUUAUCUUCAUUUAGAUGUGAGUAGAAAGCGAAGGUCAGUUAGAGAGAGAAGAAAGGAUCGGCUUCGGAGCUCACUUUACCCUUCAAGAAGGCACAGUAGCCGCAGUCACCAUAUCCAUCAUGUACGAUUAAAGAGUAGGGAACCAUCCAUUCAUGUUGAGGGUGGCUCUCAAGGAUUAAUGAGCUCGAGACAGGUCCAAUUGAGUAAGGUAAGAAAUGCUCAAACAGAGGCUGGGAGUUUUAAGAGGCGGCGGCUUAGAUGA